CGUGGCUUCAGCCAGGUUACAUCAUCUCCAUCGUCUCCAUCGGUGCAACGCUCGGCCCGUCAGGCCGGGGGCCAGCAGAAUGAACGCGGCCGAUACCAACACAACGCUCAAUUCUGUACCCAGCAAUGCUUGCUUGGCUUGCAGCGAGGAGGCACGCUAGAUGACCACUGCCCGAAUGCCAAGCUCCAUCGACAGGGUGGGACCAGCAACCAACACCUGAUCGACGCCAAGGGUCUGGUUCGGCAGCUUAAGCAGCAACUAGAUGAAAACCUCGACCGCGAUUGCACCCCGAUGGGAGGCUGUGGGGCAUCGGGAGCGCCUUUCAAAAUCACAUGCACCGCGUAUGGGUAUACGGUCGUCGGUAAAGGAACUACGUCUUACCGGUGGAACGAGGUCAAGCGAGAGGCGGAUAUUUAUCGUAUACUUCGGCAAGUCCAAGGCCGAGCAGUCCCAGUCUUUCUCGGCACAAUCGACCUGGCCAUGAUCUACUUCCUCGAAGGGGCUGGCCGGAUCUGCCAUAUGCUACUUAUGGCUUGGGGUGGUGAACCCAUCAACAAGUUGGAGGAUGUUGGGUCGAUCAGGCAUGAAAUUUCGCGAUCGCAGACAGAGAUUCGCUCACUCGGGGUAUUACACCAGGACCUUCGGCCGGAUAAUAUGUUGUGGAACCCCGAGCUAGGCCGGGUUUUGAUCAUUGACUUUCAUCGUUCGGAACUAGAUGCCCGACCGACGAACAAACGAAUGAAAUUACACAAACAGCUCUCCUGUCGGGCAAAGGAAUGCAGGCGAAAGCGACCUCGUCUGGGCUAUAAAUAA